AACAUCGUGGAGAACAUCGAGAGGAGCGCCAAGGUCAUCUUCGUCCUCUCCCGCAGCUUCAUCGACAGCGAGUGGUGCAACUACGAGCUCUACUUCGCCCACCAGCGCGCCGUGGGGCUUGGCACCGAGGACGUCAUCUUGGUGGUGAAGGAACCCAUCGACGCUCGGGGUUUGCCGCGGCGUUUUGCCCGGCUCCGGAAGAUGUUGGGCACCAGGACCUACCUGGAGUGGCCCCGCGAGCCUGGCAGGCGUCCCUUCUUCUGGCUGUGCCGCGCCCGUGCCAGCUGCGUCCCCCUCGCAGGCUGCCCCACCUACAUGGACAUCGUCAUCGUCCUGGACGGCUCCAACAGCAUCUACCCCUGGUACGAGGUGCAGAGCUUCCUCAGCAACGUCCUCGGCAAGUUCUUCAUCGGGCCCGGGCAGAUCCAGGGCAAUCCUAUCAUCCCUGGAUGA